AGUUUUGAACUCGAAAACUUUUUCAAAUUCGUGCUUGCGUGAUUAGCGCGCGAAAAGCCAAACAACUUGACGCCACAACCAUGUUUACAUACUCAUGCAAACACUCCUCUCGGCCAAUCAGAGCGCGCGUACUAUCUUGGUUAUUUUAUAAAUGUGUAUAUAUAUGUGUGUAUGUAUAUGUAAAUUUCCAGCCAUAUAACAAUUCCGUUUGUUGACGGGAUGUUUUUUUUUUUCUGUAGCCUGAAGGAGUUCGUCAGGAGUACACCUAUAACAGCUUUGUAUGCCUCAAAGGUACUUUAGUUACCUUGCUUGGGUUUAAACUGUUUGGAUUGAGGUUUUUUUUAAUUAUCUUACAAUUUAAAUAGAGCAAAGGAAGCCUUUCACCCUUAGACCCAAGCAGGAUGUUUUUUCUCUCUAACUUUAAAAUCUAUCGACCAAAUUCAUCCGUCUUAACAUUCAAAUGAAACCUCUUCAGCAGUACUUUCACAUGGUACUAUUUAUUUGGUAUAUAGUUCUAACUAUUGAGUCAGUGGAUAAAAUCCCAUAGUGUUACCAUUCAAAUAAAACCUCUUUAGCAGUAUUUUCACAUGGUACUAUUUAUUUAGUAUGUUGUUGUAACUUUUGAGUCUGUGGAUAAAAUCCCAUCGUCUUACCAUUCAAAUAAAACCUCUUUGGUAGAAUUUUUGCAAAGUACUAUUUUGUUCAAGUAUUUUUGUACAUUGAUUACUAUUUGGGGUGAAAACGUUAUCAACUUUUUCUAAAACCUUCAAGUAAAUGAUUUUGUACCCGAUUAAACGCAUUUUAUUCUUUAUUAUUUACUUAUAACUUUUCUUCUCUGUUUGUGUAAUUUCCUGUAGAUGAAUCUUAUUUUAAUGACACCAUUAAGAUUGCAUUGCCCAGCAAUGUGGUUGCUGGUUCGGUGUAUGCAGUUGUUUCUACCGUCGGUGAGUACCGUCUUUGCACAACUCAUUACUAAUAACUUGACCGUUUUCUUAAUGCGAUGUAUUUUGCUUUGAAAAUGCUUGUUAUCCACCCACGUUCACUAUUUUGUAGGCACGUCUUUGAUAGCUGCAACCUCUUUUGUUUACACCUGACACAGACUUGACCACCCAGCUUCAAUCCCGACACCCAUGAACCCCACUACCGGUUUUACCCUCUGUUUUUUUUUAAACAGCAAUCUGGAGCGCUUACCAUUUGUAUAGAAAACCGGAAAAUUCCGGGGAGAAUUCAAAUAGAACGAUUUAUCCCGGUGGAAAAAAAGUAAUACCUUUUGAGGUAUUACCUUUUUCCCGUUCUUACCGAAACGACCGAAAUUUUCUGUACGAUUUGUUUGGAUUACCAGUGCCAGGCUUCAUGUCGAGAGAAAGUGAAAAAUUUACCGGUAUUUUGUAAAUGGUACAACUCAAUCCCGUUCCUGUUUUCGGUGCCCAAAAAAACACUAGUACCAUUUGACAGAAAUUUUUCACCGAAAUUGCCGUACAAAUGGUAAGCGCUCCUGGUUUCUUUCCUUUCCGAAGGUGAUAAGGCCAACAGCUUUAGUUCACUGUCUUAUGACGCGGUCAUCUGACUGAGACGAAGUUUUUGAAGGGAUAGGUCGCAGUCUUUUCUUUUUGCUCUUUGAAAAUGAUUCCCGAGCACUAUAAAUCAGAUUCGAGUUUUAUCUGUUCGACAGGUGAUCUUAUGGGACCAACUUUGAAUGUGGAGGGUCUGCUAGGACUUCCAAAGGGCUGCGGCGAACAAAACAUGGUGAACUUUGCACCAAGCAUUUACAUCAUGAAGUACUUGUCAACAGUGGGACAACUUACUCGUUCAGUUGAAAACAAAGCCAAGAACAUCAUGACGAAAGGUACUAUCAACAUCUUUCGUGAACUUACCUAAUUCAGAUACGAAAGGUGAUUCAUAGGGUGUGCAGACGGGGCAUUGGACCGCCAAGAGGGGGGGCCAAAGUUUGCGAGCUUGAUGGGUUUAACAUUUCCCAAUUCCCCUAGGUGUGAAGCUCCUUUCACACACACUUUCUCUGUGCGCAAGUCUUUUGAGUGUGAUUUACUGUAAGUGGUAUCAUAAACGUACACAGAUUAAAUUGGAAAAUCGCACACUCUUAGCAUUUGCGAAUUUUUAUAAGCCACCGUAAGGAAAUAUCAAAAGAUGGGAUCUCAAUCUUUCCUUAUUAGACCGCCCUGAAAAAAAAAUGCCUUUACAUGUACAUUUGUAAACAUUUUCAACCUACACUGGAAGGUUUUGGUACCAUUUGUGUGUACAAGAAUCCAAUACUGAAAAGAAAGCUGUGGGUCCUUGAAAAGAAGGAAAAAUUCGCCACUCCUACACUCCAAACUACUUUAAGAAUGGGUGCAAGUUCUCGGCGCAACGACGUUUGAGAUCGUUUUAUUGGACAAGUUUAGUUAUGAUUGGUGAAUAGUAUCCAAAUUCAACCAUAAACCAGUUAUUGCACGUAUUGUCCACCCAACCGAUUCCAGAAAUCUUUAUGCUGAAGAUUUGUACCCAUUCCCCUUACAGUUUGUAGUGUUACGUAACAGCGUUUGGAGAAUGUUUUUUCUCUGAUUUUCCUGACCCACUGGAUUAUUUGUUCUCCAACUUGGCGCAUUUUUACCAGCUACAAAAGGCUCAUUAAAAGUCAUUUCCAAGCCGCUGCCUGGAUGGGCAAUACGCAUUUCCAGUAACCAACAAAAGGAAUCCCGCUCUUAGCGGUGAUUCUGAGAAACCGCCUACCUCUCCCUCCCUCCCAUAAUUCCACGUUUCAGGGCAAAAUGUUGGGUUAGGGGAUGGGUGGGUGAGAAUUUUAUGCUGAUCCCAAAACUUUUGGUUGUUAAUGAUUGGUAUUAGGAUACCAGAGAGAGUUGACGUACAAGCGUUCGGAUGGAUCAUACAGUGCCUAUGGAAACAGUGAUAGCGAAGGAAAUACAUGGUAAGUAAUUAUUAAAAAGUAGUUCGUAUUUGACAGAAGUCUUGUGAAGUGUAGUGAGGACACAGGUAUCCCAGGCUCUGUGAUGGUACCAUAGUAUGAAUCCUAUAAAAUUACAGUGUUUGUGUGGAGUAAAGUUACGAUCCUAAAAUUUGUAACUUUGUGGAGGCUAGCAGUCGGCUAUUGAAACACGAGUUCGUGGAGUUUUACUCUGUUCAUCCGAGAGACAAGUAAAGAAGAGGACUCGAAUCGGAUCCAGUACGUUUAACAAAUUGACAACAAUAUUCCGUGUUCUAUACUUUUAUCGACCAUAUAAAUGACUUCAAAAUGUUCAUCACACUCAAGUGGUUUCACUGCAAAGUUUUAAACAUUUUGAUGCCUUUUCUGUGGUCAAUAAUAGUAAAAACUAUGGAAAUUUGUCAUCGACUUGUUUUUUAGAAUAACUUUUUCAUUGAAUUUUCUCGGUAAAUCGCGCACGCGAGAAAGAGAAAAUGCGCGCCGUGCCACCAUCAUCUUUUUCACCCAUGGUCUGUGCUCUCAUCGAUUAUUUUCGACCAAUCAGCGCGCGAGAAAUCGUUCAGUUGUGUGAAAUAACCAUUCGAUCACCCUUUCUUGUCUGUGCCAGAAUAUUGAUGGUGUCUUUCUUUCCUCAUAGGUUAACAGCCUUUGUGCUGCGCUCAUUCGCUCAAGCGCGUCCAUUUAUCUUUGUUGAUCGAGACGAACUUAAACAAACCCAAGACUGGAUCACGAAGUAUCAAAACCCACAAGAUGGAUGCUUCAAAAAAUCUGGAAGUCUUUUUAACAAGCGUCUCAAGGUUGGUGUUAUUCCUAAAUUUCCUGCUUUCUUCCAUUUUAAAUUUCAUUUUGUGUUGCAAAUGUUGGAUGACUCUUGCGAAUCUUACCCUUCCUUGUUUCAGGGUGGUGUUUCAGAUGAAGCAACGCUUACAGCAUUUGUCACAGUGUCCCUUCUGGAAUCUGGGAUGUCUCCUGAGGUAUUACUAAUUACAUGCUUAAUUCGCUCUCUCCAGUUAGCGGUAGAAUUUUGUGUACAGCCACUGCGGAAGUGUUGAGUGGAAGUCAAGUGAAAACUACUCCACCUAUUGUAAACAGCCAACUCGUGUUCCACACUCCCAUCUUUUUUUGAUACGAAAUUUUUAUUUCUUUACCCAUGGGAAGCCCCUUAAAUGUAAGACCCUUAAGAAAGAAGAUGUUAGUUUUUUUUGUUUUUUUUUUACGCCUGCUUGUAUUGGGAGUUGGAGAAACAAGAAUGGUUUACAAUGGAGACAUUCUUCUUCUGGCUGCGGUAAUGGGCUAGCAUCCUAUGCAGGGGGACGUAAAAAUACCCCGAGCAGCUUCAUGCUACAGAAAUCCCCGGUUAAUCUCCAAAUGCGUGGGCUUUAUGACAUACCUCUGGCGGGGGCAAGGGGAGGGGUAACCCUGCGGCAACGGGAAAGCAUCCCAUAGAGUGAAAUGUAACAAUACCCCUAGGUGCUUCAUACUAUAACAGAAGCCGGUGAUAAGCUCCAGAUUAAUGAGCCACUUGACUCUUAUGAAAACUCUAACUUUACUUGCUUGAAUAGAGAUUAGUAGUAUGAUGUCACGUUACCAUGGUAGCAAAAGUUUUGGAUCUCAAGAAUCUUUCUUGACAGAGACGGCCAUUUACACUGUCAAACGAUGGAAGAAAAGUAUGGGCUACCAUUUUGUUCCUGAGAGCAGUCAAGCACAGGAAAGUCAUACAUGUCAAUUUUUUCGUUUUUUUUUCUGCCAUAUUUUCAGGACCACAGUUUGUUGAGACCCAGAUAUUUUGCUAUCAUCAUGUGACGUAACCACUUGUCCUCUCUAUAAAGCGCUUUGUCAACUUAAACAAAUUUUUUUCACGUUUGAAUUUUUCAGAGCAAUGUUAUCCAAGGUGCACUUAUUUGCUUGCGGGAUGCAUCUUUCAAUCUCACUGAUUUAUAUUCGUUGGCCUUGUUUGCAUACACCUUCACCCUGGCCAAGGAUCCCACUGCCGCCCGUUUAUUCAAGGCGCUUCAAAGCAAAGCCAUCGUUGAAGGUCAGUGUGGUCCAUAAAAUGAAAGUUACCUUUCUUGUCGUUUUGCACACCAAGAGUGGCGAAUUGAAUGGCAUUUUGACUUUUGGGUAAAUAAAUGACACAUAUCCAACUCAUAUCAGGCUUUAUCGACCUAGGUCACGGAUUCUGAAUCUUGGCAAAUUAACCCUAAAUUGUUCGAACUUGUAGCGUGUUAACCUGCGAAAACAGCCGUCUCUCCUUGCUCCUCGCCACUAGUGACGCCGCUAGAGUCGUUUACGCGUCUGGGACCUGGUCAGGAGCUCUGAUUGGUCGACGUUGUAGUUAUAUUGUUUUAGCUAUUGUUUACGAAAGACAGACAAAAGACAAACGUCCAAUGCAAAUGCAAUGAAUUUACUACAAAAAAGUCAAUAUUCGUGGAUUAUAUUCUUCUUUACAAGACGCAUUUGAGUUACACAAAAAUUGAUUGAAUUGCUCUUGUCCGAAAAAUUUUUGUUCGAAACUCGAUACUCAAAAUCAAUCGGGCAUUUAAUUAUCUUCUCUUGAUUCACUUAAUUCUUUGCUAGCAUCCAAAAUUUUUUCUUUUGUCGGUUGCUAUGAAAGAAAACCUAACCUCGAAGACCUUAGUUUUUGGACUUUCUGUGAUUCCGUCAUUAUCAAGUCCAAUUUGAGCCUGGGAAUGAGUUACAUACGUCUCAACAGAAGUAAUUCUAUUGUAAUUUGAAGUAGUAAAUUUUCAACUGUUUCUGUAUUUUUCUUAAUUAAAAAUGUGCUUGUCCCCCGAACAAGUCAUGUCAAAAGAUUUCAUGUCUAAACUAUUAUUCUACCUGUCCUGGACAAUCGGUUUUGGCGCACCCUGCCACGUCAAUGUCAGAACAGAAUUAAAAUGUAAAUGUUGUGUUGUUCAUUUAUACAGCUGGACUGAUGUAUUGGGGAAAAGAAAAAGUGGUGCCACCGAGUGACAAGUUUUAUAAUCGUGCUCCAGCCGCCGAUAUCGAGUUGACUGCUUACGCUUUGAUGACGUACAUCUUACAGGCUAAGGAAGAUUCGUCGUUGAUUGGUCAAGCCAUGCCCAUCGUCAGGUGGCUGACUAAACAGAGGAAUGCUCUGGGAGGAUUUGCAUCCACACAGGUUAGUAGAGUACACAGAGCCCGUACUCUGUUUGAAGGACGCUUUGAUUCCUUUGUUCAUGGUUUGGUAUAAACAUACGCUAUGCGAUGGAGUUGCCAAGUUAAAUGAUGAGGUUAUUCACGUCAUUUAUCGUUACAGGACACGUGUGUUGCGUUGCAAGCCCUGAGCAAGUAUGCCAAAGAAGUGUAUUCUAACACUACAUCACUUUCUGUUCGGUUUGGAGAGCAAGGUGACCAGAAGUUCAGUGCCGAGUUUAACAUCACUGAGGACAACAAAAUGGUGUCACAGAGAGCUGAGGUAGGCUGUGUAGGAUGGUGCUAAUUUUCCCUUAACUGCGGUUGAUUAAGACAUUAGCAUGUUUGUGUUCACAGGUGUUAACAGUGAUCACAUCCACACACAAUUUGUCAUUAUCGUACUUAAGAUUAAAAGCUCUUCAUAUUCCGUUUUCUAGAAGAAAGAAAUUUCACCGCGAUUUCUUGUAUUGACAGCGUUUAGCAUCUGCUUGCCCCUUGAGAAACCACUUGACCUUGCUUUUUCCCAUCGGUCCUAAGGCGCGUACAGAGAUGGGCGUGGGUACUCAGCCCGCCUUACUCAUUCACCGUUAUUGUUAGAAAUAUGUCCCGGAUUACCAGUUCCUCAAGGUCAUUGUUCAAAUGUGUACAAGUGUGGUAACAUGUUGAUCUAAUUAUCCAUUUCUCAGGUUCCUUCGAGCAUUCUACCCAUCAAGAAACUGCCAUUACAAGUGCAGGGAGAGGGCUGUGCUCUAAUGCAGGUUUGUUGCUCCAUCCCUUUAAUUUUUCUUUUUCCUCAUUCACUUCCUUUUUACUUUACCCGUUUCUCUGAUGAUGUUGUGGACUGUAGGUAAAACCCGCGGGGAAUAGCUUGAAAGAUUAUGGGUAAGUUGGAUAACGUGUUUUCCAGCCAUCUUUAAUGUGUGACCGCGACCACUCUAUAGAGGUCACGUGAUAAGUUAUUGAGGGAACCCUUUUUUUUCUGGCGAAUUGACAAGCGACUGCUUAAUACAUCUGUUAAACUUGAAUCAAAGCAAAUAACGAGUUCCGCAAAAAAGCAGGCAGAAAACUACGAUAUUGGCUAGAUUAUUUUUGGGCUUAAAAUAAAAUGUGCUUACUUCGCUUUCUGUCCAGGCGGAUGUGUCGUACAAUAUUCCAGACGUUAAAGAAGAGCCAGCGUUCGACUUGAAAGUAAAACUCAAACUUUCUGAAGAUCUAGUGGAUCCUCUUGCAACAGAGACGGGAGAGUUUCUGUGUAUGCCUUUGGAAAUGUCCAUCUCAGCCAAGUAAGAUCCAUUUUGUUUACAUUUUCAGUUUUUUGCUUUUUGUUCAUUACAGAGAUAGAUUCACGCUUUCUGCAAACGGCAAACGUCGGUAGGUCGUUUCCGAGUUUCCCAAGCCUCUAUUUCAAAACGAGGCUACGUGCAUUUUAUAUUCUCAUGCAAAUGAAGCUCGUUAUCACAAAAAAGGGUUUUCACUUAACCUCGUUUUGAAAGUGAUGGUUUUUUGAAAUUCUGAAAUGGCCAGUUGGAAAAUUUUGCAGAGUUUUUAUCUGUUCAUAUUCUUGUACUGCAAAAAAUUGUCAAAGUGAAUCAGUUUCGCGCCAUUUGCCAUCGUAACUUCUAAAUCUGUCUGUCUGUUGUUUAUGCCUCCAGUUGUAAUUUUAGUCUAUUUUCAAAAAAGAGAAUCCCUGUACUUGAAUUUAUAUGUAAGGUGUUUCUUUCUGUAUGUUAUUGUAUUUCUUUUCUUUUUUCUUAUGUUAUUUGAUAUCGCCUUUAUUUAAAGUUUUGUCCUGCCUAGAUUAGCACUAUAUCUAUUUGCUGGGGCAUAAAGUAUUGUAAACUUUAUAGUCCUGUAAAUAAAUACAUUGUUGUUGUUGUUUGUUAUUAAAAAAAACCUUCCAAGUUUUUUAUUUGGUUUGGUGUCUGCUAAUUUAGGUGGCUGAAGGAAGACUCGUCUAACAUGGCGGUUAUUGACGUUAAACUCGUGUCAGGGUAUCAAGUGGACGAAGAGAGCUUGGAUAGGGUAAGUGUUUAGUGAAUAAUAUUCCAGUAAUCGGAGACCCUUGUUAUGCGCACGGCAUUGCCCGCGGUCAUAGAAUAACGCAUUUUCGAUGUGAUUUUUUUGAGAAGCGGAGGUUGUCUAAUGUUGGCGUAAGUUUGUGUGACAGUCCUGUUAAUACGGACACUUUCUAUGGCCCCUUUGGUGUCCGUAUUAACCCUUCAAACAUUAAGAUCAAAAUUUGAAUUCUCAUUUGUUGCUUCUAUUCAUUUCCACCAAAGUAGUGGGAAGAAGUUGAUAAAAUAUUUAGCAAAUUCAUCUUGUGUGAUCAUGUCCUUAAUUCUCAUAACCACUCUGUUUUACAAAGUAAUUAGAUGACAAGGAGAAAUUUGACGCUGAUCACUCUUAGGGCUUAAAGGGUAACGGGCUUUGACUGUACAUGUUUUCUUCUAGUUGAUGAACCACGCUAAACUUGGAAUGAAACGAUACGAAAUUGAGGGCCAACACGUGAUUCUUUACUUUGAUGAGAUUGACAAGGUGUCGUUCGCGUUCAAGAUUUAUCAGUCAACCCUUGUGGCAAAAACCAAACCAGCCUCGGUCACCGUCUAUGACUAUUACGAGACUCGUAAGUACACUGUAGAUAGGUUUCUGCAAAGCUAAUAGGAAGAUACAGAUACAGUGUAAGAACCUACAGUUUUAAUUAAAGUCUGGCAAAAAAGGUUUGUGUUUUGGGAUAGUUAUUGGUAGUUUAGGCUAGGUAGGUUUUUAAUUAGCUAACUAAUUUCUAUGAAGGAAAUAUAUUUGUCGAGUACUAGAAAAAGAAAUAUGAUUGGGCUUGGUUCUUAUAUAUACGGUGUUUUAUGAUGAACCUAACUAAAAUGAUAUGUGGGAUUAUCUCUAUAACAAGAGUUGUCAAAUAAAAAUAAUAUAGUAAAUAAAUGAAGUAUUUUCCUGUAAUACAAAUUUGCAAUCUCGAAGUCAAACAUCUUGCUCAAAUUUUUUAUCAUAAUUUUACUGUAUUUUACUUAUAAGAAACUGCUUGAUCCUUUUUGUUCUUAUAUUUUUUGGGUAUUAAAGUGGCAAAUUUCUGGCAGCAGGUUCUUAAACCACAAGUCGGCUCUUACAUGAGGGAUUUAACUGUAUCAAGAGAAUUUUAGCGGCCAACUGUGAAAAUUUUUUUGUGACUGGGGAUGGUGUAAUUACGAGAUGAACAGUCCCACAAAACAAAACAAAACUUGCUCACCCACAAUAUUACGAGUGGUCACUUGCUCCGCAACAACAAGAAAUACCCCCUCCCCUGUGUCUGUUAGAAAUCUACUCUCGCUUUUGUAAUACAUAGCAAAAGGUGAUAAAGAGGGUGAUAUCUGAACAGACAACUCGCAGUCGAUAGAAACAGAGAUUUUGGCAACAAAUUAAAAUUAAGCCAUCAUACAGAAUUUCGUUUAUUGCUUACCUCCAUGUAACUGAAAGGUGUCGAUUGACGUCAUCUGACCUGACAUCUCCAUCUUGUUCAACCGUAAGUAGAAAUUCAUUUCUGAAUUGUGCUUUUUGUUAUGUUUCAACAGAUCUUUCUGCAACGGUGAUGUACAAAAUCACCGAGGACAUGUGCUCACCGGAUUUCGUUCCAAUCGGUUAGUUUCUUCAUUGUAAUAAAUUUGAAAUAACAUGCGCGUCAUCUUGCUUGUGGAAGUGAGAGUAGACGUUCUUAGGAACGCGUUUCUCACGCGUUUCUUCCCCAUAGUCGUGGAAAGCGAACCGGUGACGAAGCCAUAAGCACGUCUGUGUGAGAGGCUAGUUAA